UAAUGAAAUUUGCCUGCUUGCUUCAGCCGCGCCAAUGCGCUUCCGUUACAUGCUUGUUUUGCCCAGUUCGACAUUGCUACCUACGCUACGCUAGUGCGAGGGGCACGGUGCAAAUGGGACAGCGACUCGCAGGGUUGAACAUCUCUCCCAGGUCCUUGAACGCACACUCGUACUCGACAUAGUCCUUUGCAAGUGUUUAUGCCGUCUGUCUUCGUUCGCAUUUGUACUGACAGUGUUGACUGAGUCUGCAGAGUGUGUGCCAGAUUAGCAGGCAGGACAGUGUGGUUCGAGGUCACGCUAGCGCUGUCUGUGCUGCGGAAAUACGGCACGUGCUGGCUGUCAACGGACUUGCUUGGUCUGCAUGCAUAUGCAGCGCAGAGCUCUGCAUGCACCAUCCACUGGUGUUCUCCCAAAACUAUCGCUCUGAUCAGAUCUCUAGCCUCCAACUGUAGAUCUUCAUGCAUUGUUCGUGCCACGAGCGCAACCGUUUUGGCAGGUUUGGAACGCUUGAAACAGCGAGCUCUCAACGAUUUGAGGAAAAGAGAAACCAGGAAGGUUUGGCCGCAUGCUCUAAUGGUUCGGUGCUGAUGCAGUCUAGCGAAGGACCACUCUAUGGCUAGACUAUGACGGCGGGGCUCUGAAGAUAUGUGACUUCGUACUACCUGAGAUUUGUGGAAGCGCGAAGACAGCGCCACUACUGAGUACUAGUAGUGCCGUGGUGCUGGUGGUAAAAUCGGUGGAAAGUGCAGAGCGACCGUGACUUGUUAUUUCCUCACUUGCAUUGCUGAGGAACACAGAGGCGGUGGAGAAAGCAGUGUGGAUCGUUACCUAAUGCAGCUAGCGCUGUUUUCACUUGCAGUAUGGGGAGUUGUGGCAAGCAGAGGCAUGCAGCGCAACCUCUUGUCAGCUCCUGUUGGAUUUGGAUUGCGAGUUUUCUAGUCGUCACGGCGCAAGGGACCGUAGCAUCUGACUGUGUCGCUGCGGUUACGCCCGAGAAGGGCAACCUGAAUGGCUUCUUCAAUCUUUCAUCACACCGAGAGUUUCACUGGAAACUGACAACAAGAAGAGUUGCAAAAUCAUCCGGCAUCCCAGAGCUCUCGCUGGAGCUGCAAGGUACCAGGCUGAGGCCAAGCGAUUAUGCCACCCUGGUGUCCACGCCGAUCCGCGCUGAUUCGCAGCACACCACAUGCUCAGCGUCAUUCAGCUACAAGGUUUCUGGUGGACACAUGUCCGUGAAGCAGCUAGUCGGUGGCAAGUUCAUGGAGAUGUGGUGUGAGACGGUUGAGCAUCCAGCCUGGAGAACAGUUCACUUCCGCCUACACUACACAGGAAGAUUACGAGUCUUUUUCAAUGUCUCACCGCUCAAGGCGUCGACGUCUCUCAACGCAAGCCUAGCGAACAUAGCCAUUCAAUGUUGCCGGGAUGUGUCGGGCUGCAUUUACUAUCCAUCACCGGACUUCCAUUGCGGGAUGGCUGGCUUCAAGAGCCUUUCCAAAGUACGGUCAUCACCGGAGGUAUCCUGGGAGCGGAACCAUUUGCAAGGUCUGCUGCAGUUCAGUAGCCCUGCGGGUGAGCAUGCGUCCAUGGUAUCACCGCUCUACUGGUGGCAUGCGUCGCGACCCGCACAGUGUGUGGUGCAAUUCCAGUCCCAGCCCAUCCAGUGGCCGCGGAAACGGAGCAACUUAGCGCUGCCUCGCAAUCCCGGCCGCCUGGAACUCUCUGUGUACGGACUGAAUGAAGUCCUCUGGUACUCGCGCUUUAGCGGAGUUUCGUUUCGCUCGCGUCAUCGCCAGCAGUUCUUCUCGCUCGCCACGACCGGGCCAUUCCAGUUGUUGAUCAAUGCGUCGGCACAGCAUCCCAAUGUGGCUAUCACUGUCGAGGGGUUCUCCGUGCAUUGCUGUCCAGCGAAUUCACUUGGUGAUCCUAACGAACCAUUUUCGACAGUUACUGCAGACGCCUUUGCUACAGAGGGCCCAGGUGGAAAGAGGGAUGGCUCUCCCUGGGACCUGAUCACUCCAACACUGGAUAGCCCGCAGCAGACAACGUACAUGCAGGACAACAUAGUAAGCAGUACGAGGGAGGACACAUCGCUGAAGGAGAAAGAUCAGAGCAAGCCCGACUACGACAGCAGGCACAUCAAGGCCGUCAUGAUACCCAUGGGCUGCGUGGCGUUCAUCCUGGUCACCGUCAUUGCUGUGUUCUGCUGCAAGAAGCAGCAGGCGACGCCAUCCUCCAAUGGAAGUAGCAACUCAGAUGCCGGUCUACGUCGCCCGUUCCAGGCCAGCAUGAACAACCCAGGAUAUGAAGAGACAAUCCCUGUUCUACAGCGUGUAUCACGACAGAGCAGCGAUGCAUUGUCUGGAAAGACAUCUUCGAACGAUGUUCUCCAGCCACACUCCUAUGAAAACAACACCCUGCAAGUCCGGCAAACGAUAGAGGAGAACCCGGUCGGCGAGCAGCAGCAGCAAAAGCGCAAACCAUAUGAGAAUACAUCACUUGCCAAUAAUAAUGGCAAGGCACAGAUCCAUCGCUCAGCAGGCUAUGAGAAUUCCAAUCCUGUCAGCCAGCACUCGGGCGAGACUCUACCACUCGGCAGGGGUAAUGGUACGGCUGCUACUGCUGUUGGUGGUGGUAGUGGUAGUGGAGCUGGUAGUAGUGGUGCACUUGCAGGAACACCGCAGUCUGCAGGGGACCACUUCUAUCAUAGACUGGACCUGACCGUGGAGAAUGCAGACUAUUCUCAGCCGUUCGUGCAGCCACCGUGCACCGCCGGAGACCUAUACUCCCACCUGGCGGAGCGUGAGUACCUGCGGCUGGAUCACGACACCAUUCACCUCAAGGAGCGCAUUGGGCAGGGCCACUUUGCCCACGUCUACAAAGGCGAAUGGAAUGUGGGUGAUGAAGUCAGACACGUUGCCGUCAAGAAACUCAAAUCAGGUGCUUCUGCGGAGACGACGACACGUUUCCUCCGCGAAUCUGCCAUAAUGGCGCAGUUCAAUCAUCAACACAUUGUCAGACUGUACGGUGUAGUCGUACAGGGCGAGCCGAUGAUGCUCGUUCUAGAAUUGAUGACGUGUAAUCUUCAGCAACAUUUACAAUCGUUACGAGAAAGUCAAUAUAACAAGAAGUUGCAGGGUCACCUCCUGUCCUUGUGUAGACAGAUAGCGUUUGGCAUGGAGUACCUGGAAAGCCGGUUAUUUGUACACCGGGACCUGGCGGCACGCAAUGUGAUGCUGGACCCGAACUCUGUGUGCAAGAUUGGUGACUUUGGCAUGGCCAGGGACAUCUCCGCGGAUCAGAUCUACGUAUCCGGCAAUGAACGUGUCUUCCCAAUCAAAUGGACAGCCCCAGAGGCAAUCGAGUUCAUUCAGUUUACAAGUGCAAGCGAUUGCUGGAGCUACGGUGUCACUCUCUACGAAAUCUGGUCACUCGGAGAGAAGCCGUACGGUGCCUGGGCCAACGAGGAGGUAUUCAAACAGGUCAAGGGUGGCUAUCGGCUACCAUCACCACGCAAAUGUCCACACACUGUCUACUACCUGAUGCUACAAUGCUGGCAAGCAGAGCAGAAGAAUCGGCCAUCUUUCAAAGAAGUUAUACAAUGUCUGUCUGACAGUGAUGAUUCGCUAUUAGCAUUCUGAAAAAUCCCCUGCGAUGACCACUGCCCUCUGGUCACUGGCAAUGAGUCAGACGAAUGCAUAGCUGGUUCCGCAGGAUGAACAGCCUAGUCGAUUUGACGCCGCGAGUGAAGGACAACUGAGGUGGGUCAUGGUGCUGGAUCAAGUAGCAAAAUGGAUUGAGUAACUAGGUCUCUCUGGACCCAGCCCCGAUCCGCAUGCAUCUGUCACGCCUCUCGAAGCAGUAGCUGACCAGUCCCAGUCCCAGCCGGCGGGAUUGUGCUAAAUGCCACCAGCUACUGCCCCGGGAAGGUAUCUUCUCAGUAUACAGGUUCUGAGCAAAUUGAUGCAACUGCACUCUCCUCAUUUGAACAUUGAUUACCGGGUACUAUUGUGCCACAAACAUCCGUACUCUGAUCACUUGCUGCAACUCAACCCUCAUUCAAUCUGUUCACAAGAUCGUUAUCUCCAUCAUCACUAUGCAGAUAUCGUCUUCACACAAAUUCUCUCUUUGAUCUGCACCGGUUGAACUGAUGCUUGAGUCUCAAUUUUAGGAACUGGCACCACACCACAGUUUGUUGACACCACUGUUGUAAAGUGUGUACAGUUUCCUGAAAUCUCUAUUUCUGCCCCCCCCCCCCUCCCUCCCCCGUGUGUAUGUGACCUCAGCCUAACCCUUCUCCUUGCGCUUGAUUGCUGGCCUCUCCGCCAGGAGGCUACGCAAGGAGUCAAGACAAUGCCAAUACUCAUCAUUGCAUGAUGGCAAUCAGCUGAUGGAGUUGCUCUUUUCUAUUUUAAAAAGCUUUCUCGUAUGAGUAUAACCUCGUUGCGCCGUUAUCUAUUCUUGCAGAAUUAUUUAAUUCUAGUACAAUUUGCGCUCUUUGAGCAGCAGUAGAACUUUUGAUAAACUGAGAUAACAAUUAAAAAAAAUUAAUACGUUUCUA